AUGGUUGGACUAUUUGCUAUGGCUGGAUUGGUCAAUUGUAUUGUUGAUGUUGAUGGUGUUUCUGAUGACACUACUGAUGAUGUCACUGAUGUCGCUGUUUGUGAUGCAACUGUUGACGAUGACAUCGUUGGUGAUAUCGCUGAUAGUGAUACCGUAGUUUCUGAUUGUGAGCGUGAGAUUGUUGAUAGUGAUAUCGGCGUUUCUGAUUGUGAUGUUACUGCUGGUGAUAUUGCUGAUAGUGAUACCGGAGUUUUUGAUUGUGAUGCCACUGUUUUUGGUUGUGAUGUCGCUGAUAGUGUUACUGAAGUUUUUGAUUGUACAAUAGGAACCCGCCUUACAGCAAGUACCGUCUCCGCAACUUACACUACCUACACCGCAGUCAUUGCCGCCGCUACAUGUAUAAGGAGGUCCGCCUGGGUUGCACGUUUCACCGAUUGGGCAACAUCCAUCUAG